CUGGACAUAAAUACUUCAAAAGGAACAUUCAUGAAGGGCUGUGAGCAAAGAGCAGUGGAGCAAGACCAGAUGGCACAUGCAUGAUGGGCUAAAUGGCCUCAUCCAACCUGUAGAGCGGUUCCGUUUCUGUGGUGACCUGGAUUGCCCUGACUGGGUUCUGGCAGAGAUCAGCACCUUGGCAAAAAUAUCUUCUGUGAAGAUGAAGUUGCUGUGUGUCCAGGUGCUGAAAGACCUGCUGGGAGAUGGAAUUGAUUACGAGAAGAUUGCAAAGCUCACUGCUGACGCCAAGUUUGAAACCAGCGAUAUAAAGGCCACAAUUGCGGUGUUAAACUUUGUUUUAUCCAGUGCUGCCAAAUAUGGUGUCGAUGGUGAAUCGUUAUCUAGUGAAUUACAACAACUUGGUCUUCCAAAAGAACAUGCUGCUGCACUCUGUAAAUCAUAUGAAGAUAAACAGACUGCUCUUCAGGACAGAUUAAAGGAGAGCAGCCUCAGGCUAAACAAACUAGACUCCGUGUCGUGGAGGGUGGACUACACGCUGAGUUCCAGUGAGCUGAAGGAAGUAAAUGAACCUAUCGUUCACCUGAAGAUCAAUGUUCGGAACAUCGAUACAGGCGCUGUGGAGCCCACAGUCGUUUCAGUAAUGGCCAACAAGUUCAGAGUCUUACUCACUGAACUCAAGCAAGCACAAGCAUUGAUGAAUGCCUUGAACUAAACAACUUUAUACAAUGGUCAACCUUUCUGGUAGCUGUGAGCUUCCUGGAUUUACAGGAAAUUGGAGGGAGAGAGGGUGUACGUUCUGAUGCAUUUAAAAAGUAAACAAUGACUCUUGUUGCUCUGUUGAAAAAGGUUAGUUGGGUUGUGGAUCACACAGAGCUUGAACAUUCUGCAUGCAAACCUGGCAGAAAGAUGUUUAUGUUCAGAAGAUUAGGACCUGAAUUCAUAUCUUGAUGAAGCACUUUCUAGAGAAUGAUGUUUGUUUGUAAUGAUUUAGCUUCUACAGCACUGCAAUAUCUGGGGAAUAUCAAUGGUACUAGCAGAAUCACCACCACGUUUUACAUGGUGAAGCUGACUGACCUCUAACCCAAGGAUUGCGUAAGGUUGACCAAGUUAGGUGCAGCGGCUUGAAACAUUUCCCACUCACCUGUUGAGACCUUGGUUCGAAACCGCCUGAGACAACACGAGUGAAAGUCUCCUCUUGGCAAUGAUUGUUAAGGGCGUUUAAGUUACAUAUCUUAAUCCAGGUUAUUUGAUUGAGCGGGAUUCCUUAAUUUACCACGUCCAGAGUUUAGCAGUUUCACUUGGUGUCUGUAAGGACACAGGAGCUUGGAAAUGGAAGAGUCAAUUCAUCUCAUUAGUUGGGUAAGGAAUUGGGACAUCAUGGCGGCCUCUUUGUUUAAUGAUGUGCAUUACCUUUGUGGGCUUGACAGGAAUCAGGAGCACAGAUAUCUAUUUCAUUGCCAGAAGCUCUUCUUUGACCAUCUAACUCUUAGUAGUUAGAAAAUUAGGAGGCUUUGAGGAUUGACCAAGUACCUUUUGUCCAUUUUUGUAUCUGGGUGAAGCUGGAACUAAUUGGACUGUAAAACCUGUGAAUCCAGGACGCUUCAGUCACUGUAAUUUCCCAGGUAUGUGCCGCUACUUGAAUAAAUGUGGAGCAGGGUUGAUCUGAGUGUAUGUUGGAUCUGGAAAGUUAUGAAAAGAUUGAGGCCGGGCAAAUGAAUAAAAUGGUAUUUACGAAGAAUCAGGUGGGGGGGGGGUAUGCUGUGGGGGCUGUGCAGCGUUGCUCCCCUGGCUUGUAAAUCAGCUCAGAGACCAUGAAAGGACCAACUUUUGAGACAGUUUCAUGCUCGGGUCCAACCACUUUAGUAACUCGGAGGAAGUUCGUCCAUUGGAAAGAGCCAAACAAGAAAUGCGAUUCCUCCCACACUUUCUGAUUUAAAAAAAAAUCAGGCGUCUCUCCCCAUUUAUGGUGACACAUUGAGUUGCCUCAUGGACCUUUGAACCCUUUGUGACCUGGCUUCAGAAGCAGCUAAGGCUUGAAGGCUCCUCUUAUCGCUUGGCUAAGUUGGUUAUCCCAUUCAGAAGUGUCGCAGAUCAGGCUGGCGUGUAAACUGGUAUCUCUCCCCACCCCCUUGCGUCGUGGUGGCAGGGGGGGUGGUUUAAUGGGGCUGUGGGAACAUGGGAUAUAGUGAAGCUUUAGCCACUUGUGCUGUGAGAAUGUUUGACUCAGACACUGGCUGCCCACAACAGCAAAAUGUUCCAGUUCUCACUUUCACCUUGACAAGCAGAGUUCUUUUUAAGAUUACACUCUCCGAUGAAAUAAAAUCCAGCUGGCGUCAUAAAGUUGGGCUUGGAAGGAACUUGAGGGGUUUUUUUUUUUGUUUUUUUCCCCAGGCAGGUUGUAAGUUUUCCGAUACUACUGGGUGCUUUUCUUUGCUGGCUUCCCGUUCACAAACUCUGACAGCGGAGGGUAGGGUCUACAUUACCAAGAAGCAAAAAAAUUUUUAAAAAUGGCCAUUUUGUACCCUGUCCUGAGCUGAGCUUGGAAUCAUUGAGCCUGCAAUAUCAAAUCUAUUUAAGGUGUUCUGAAGCAGGGACAAUCAGAAUAGGAGACUCGCCUGUGGACUUCAUGGACCGGGCAACUGGGGGAAUUGUUGCAUUAGGUUCCCGGUACCUGCGGGAUGUUGAGCAGUUUGUAACCUUAACUUUGCCUUCAACGUCAGAAAUGUCAAUGUGAGAAUGUCCAUUCCAAACUAGUGUACGUGCUGUGGGUAAUUGUUUACAUAUAUAUAUAUAUAUAUAUAUAUAUAUAUGUGUGUGUGUUGAAUAAAGUUACAAAAAAAAAGAGGCGCGGAAAAUGUUAAAUUUAAGUUCAGUUUUGUAAUGUAUUCUGCUUUCUGCAGAAACCCGUGUGACGGUAUAACAAAGUGACAUUGUACCUUUUCUUAAUCAGGGAAGAUAAUUCAGUAUUGUGGCUGGGCAGUAUUACUACCCAGUUUUUGUAGUGAGUUAAGUACCUAAAUUUACCAGUAGGUUUAUAUGCUAUGUACAGAUAUUUUUUGGGUUUAAGCACUGAGACUAAAACUUCCUUGGGUUUUUGCAUACAUGCAUGAAAUAAGUACUGUCCAGUUAAUUAAUGGCAGCAUGUAAACUUAUAAAUUGUGAAAAUAAAGUUUAAAGUUUAUCCAAA